AAUGAGCAGGACUUGGAUAGUAUAUUUGAACAAUUUACACCAGUCAAUUUUUACAAGAGAUUUGAUUUAUUAUACUUGCAACGCGGUUUAGCGGAACAGAAACUUCGCGAAUUUCUCACUGAGGUUGCUACAGGGAAAUACUGGGAGAGAAUUAAAAUGUUGAAGUUGAAACAACAACUGGAUCGCACCAAAAAGUUAAAGCGUUUAGAAGAGGAGACAGAAAUACUUGAAAAUAUAACCGAAGCCCGUAUUACGAUGCAUGAUAUAUAUCAUCGGGAAUUAUUGCAAAAAAUGCAAAACGAUUCUCAGGCAGAAUAUUGCGAUUCAGAACUUAAUCAUCUAGGAGAGAGUUCUAAGAAACGAGAGCAAUUAGACAACCAAAGGGCAGAAGUCGAAAACUUCUCAGAAGGUGAUGAUUAUUUGACAGAUCGUGAAGAAAUUUCUCAAAAAAAGGAUGAGAUAGACACUUUCUUCCAAAUUCCUCCUGAUAUUGUUAAAGAUGUGAGAACGAAAUCAGGAAAGCGUAGGUCAAUGAAAGAUACCGAAAGCAAGAGCGCUAAUCCUCCUAAACGAAGCAAAUCAAGUAAGAAAAUUGUUGUUGACGCUGGCCAAUCAACCAGUAUUCCCUCUAUGGAUGUACAACAAACGCCCAGCGGAACAGAAGAUUCGAUCGUCGAUACCACCUGCGAUGAAUCUGAAUCACCCGUCGAAAAAAAUACUACAGAAAAAGCGGAAAAGUCAAGGACGAUACUUUCGUGGGGACACAUUGUUGAUAAGAUAAAAAUUUCUAAUAAUUCAGAUCACGAUUGGUUGGCAAACGGAUAUAAUAUUUCCAGAGAUUUUCGAGAAUUUCAAACAGAAACGGUUGAUCGAAUAAAGAAUGAUCCUACACUUUCAUACGCGACUGACCUUGAUGAAAUCAUGCAAGUGUCUCUCAUCAAUAAUAUCUCUUACUCCUAUAACCUUACCGGUUAA